AUGGCUCAACCGCCGACGGGAGACUCCCUUUCACAACAGCCAAGUUUACCAUCCUUCCGAUCAUUCCUGGCCGCAGCCAACAAUUCCAUGCACUUUGACCAGCCCCGUCGGGCAGAGGCCGCGUGCUACUAUGCGGAAUUCGGCUUAUCCGAUGUCGAUAUCUUCAACUCCCAAAUUCACGAACUUCAGCCAGAGGCAAGACCAUCAUCACCCUCGAAGGGGGUCGGCCGCUUCCAUGGAUAUGACCUCUAA